AUGCCCCAGCUAGACGCCUUGAAAGCCAAGUUCCCAGGUCUCAGUAAUGGCCUGACAUAUAAAAAGGGCAGUACAAUUGAGAAGGAGUACACCCACUACAAAAAAGCUCAAGGGGUCUCCGAGGCCGCGAUCGAGGCAUAUAUAUAUCCCUACGAAUUCUUGGACAACGAGUUCUUCCGGGGCGCGACUGGGACAGAUCACAUUGCGACCGAAGUCCCCCGGGCGUUCCUUUAUGAGUGUUACUGCGACUAUCAAGGACAAGACCUGCUGGCGUAUCAUAUCGACGACGACAAGUUGUUCGAUUGGAUGUUUGCGGGCCGGCGUGAUCAGGGCUGGGAUCUUAAUGGCUGGACCAAUGGAUUGAUAGACAUUGAAGACGGCCCAGAUGAUGUCAAUGGUUCACCGCUUCCUAGACCUCAGGAGUCACCUGUUGGUCUAAAGACCAUGACCAACGGUGGUACCAUCACGCCUCCAACAACGGCGUCCCGCCAGACCACCCCUCUAUCACCUCGAAACGAGAAUAGCAUCCUUCCCGCCCCGGUCCGGCCACCCACAACAUUGAUGGAUUCUGACACGCGGAACAUGUUUGUUGAGACUUUCUCGGGACGGUCAAACGCUUACCUGGUCAAUGACAAGGGCGGGCUGCGCGCGUUCAUGCAGAGCGCCAUCUUUUACUGCCGUCAUCACCCGGCGUGCAAGAUCUGGAUCACACGGCGCAGUAUCACGACCAGGCCAGAGGAGGCAGGACUGGAGAUUAUCGACCUGUUUAAUGUGUCCUGGGACGACUAG